AUGAAUGGAGAGUCGAUGAAUCCUGAUGCCCCUUUUAAAAUAUUACCUGAAUUUUUGGCACCUGUUACGGAUGUUAGGAACAUGAGUCAGCAACAAAGGGAAUACCUACAGUCUCUGCCGUCGGCAUCAGCCCUCCGGGCUCGGGCCCGAGCUUACAGGACAAACGAAGAUAUGCUUAAGGAUGUUGCUAGCAAACUGCAUGAUCGAAGCACUGAACUGGAGGAUAAAUUUCGAAGGGUUAUUUCUCUGUGUACAGGGGUGGAUGAAGACAGGGUUGACUCGCUACUCGAAGGCCUCGUACAAGCUGUAGAAAGUGAUCCAGGAGAAGUAGACACAGCUAGGGUUAGCAGCUUUCUAAGGAAGGUUGAUGAAAGCUUGUCCUUGUCAAGAGAUUGA